UCGCCGCCAUCCUCCGUGUGCCGCGGCUCGUCUCGCACAUCGUCAGGACAUGAUGAACAAAGACGGGCUGGAUGGAGUUGUGCCGACUCGGGUGACAGGCGCGUUGGGUUGUUGAAUGUAGACGUUCAGCGUGUCCUGAUCCUGUUACUGAUCGGGCAAAAACAGAAAGCUGGUCUCGAGCUGAUAUUUAGGGUUUCUGUUAUCACACAGGCUGUGUGUGGAUUUUUACACUUUACUCUUUCAUAGUAAAGAAUUAAUGCCAGAAAAACUUUGUUUAAACUCCUUUAAUAAGUUUAAAAAUGUGAAAUGUUGGUCAAACACGAGCAGCUGUGCAGGCAGAGAGUUUAAAUUCACAUAAAGAUGAUUUUAAAGUUUUUGAAACUUUCUUUCGUGGCAUGUGUGCAUCUCUGACUCGCUCUCAAACACUUGAUGGAGACGUUAUGUUCUUCACGCCAGUCACCGACAAUCCAAAGAGAAAAACAACCCGGAUGAGUCGAAUUCUGCACUUCAUGAAACAUGAUUCACUUCUUUUGUUCGCCGUUUCUUCCUCUUAGAUAAUAUUCUGCAUUCCUCUUUUUCUCUUCUUUGAAUUUAUUCUAAGGUGCUUGAUUUCUGAGGCACUGAGAGGCCUGUUUGUGUGUCUGUGGGUUUGUUUGCAGAGUGGCGUGGCCUCUCGCCGCCUCUCGCUGCCGGCCGGGUCCUCGCGGCCGCAGCCUGUCGGAAUGUAAUUUAAGAGCCGCCUAAUGUUUUGUUGCAGCCAUCAUGUAACAAUUAGCUGAGCUGUCUGUGUGGCGGUGGCGGCGGUGGUGUUGGUAGCACCUCUUCACGCCUGUGUUUGUGUGUGUGUGUGUGUAAACAGUUUAAACAGCGUGGGUUUAUCCCCCGUUAGCGGUUUCACUUCCACAUCGGUGUGUGUGGAAAACGAUAAGUGAGCGUGGAAUAACUGUUAUUAGCUGAACUGUCUGACCUCAUGUUUGAAAUACGUUGACAUAAAUCAGCUGAGAUUUGAGGACAUAAUCAGUCACACACAGAAUAAUAAAAAAGCCUUUACGCUUCUUGAAGGUGUGAGGAGCAGAUUUAUAGCUGCGACGUUCGCUUUUUAUUUUACAGCAGAAUAAAAAAAGUGGAAGACAAAUAAAAACUGAGAAUGUAAAUUCUUAGUAAAUUACAGCUAUCGUGUGUGUGUGUGUGUUUGCGUCCACACACACGUUGUUCUGCUAACAGGUUGCUUUUCUGAGGAGGCCAUUACACCGAGGCAGCGAUUUAGAUUUAUUUGUGCGUGAGGCAGAAAUGCGAGUCGAUCGGCCCUCGGUGACUUUUCCUCUCGUCCUCUCUCUCUUUAUGCCAGCUGCUCUCUCGCUCUUUCCACCUUUUGUUUCCCUCUGUACCUCCGCUGCUUUCUGCGGGUGUCUCUCUGCUCUCCUCCAGCGCUGCAGGGCAACAGAAAACGAUUCACAGCGAGUGCCCCGGCCUCGCUUUGUGUGUCUUUAUAUAUAAUGUGUGUGUGUGUGUGUGUGCUCCAGCCUCAUCAGCUUCAUUAGCUUCACGAUGGUCCAUCCGUGAGAGGAUGAGGGGCGGGUGGGGGUAUCUGUGUGUAUCUGCUCCAGCCUUUUACCCCCUUCAGCGUCUCCUUGAGCUGCGAUCCGCCCCUCGUGGCCCCCGUCCUACCCCCCUAACACACACACACACACACACACACACACACACACACCGCCCCGUGCUCUGCGCUGCCACCAAAAGGCUUGUGAGGAUUUGUCAGCCAGAUGUGACAAGAUUGUCAAGAGGCAGCGAGGAGAGAGGGAGAUCUGAUAUUAAUCAGAGCGUAGCUGGGAGCCAAACUCCCUCAGACUCGGUGUACUAACAUGUUCCCCUCAUUUACUCGCUCUGCAAGCCAAACACUCCCUACAAGUUCCUAACGGGGAGCCACGAGCACCAGGAAGCCAACCAAACUUUGGCUCGCCUCCUUCUUCUCCUUCAUCUCUUUGUCUGUAGACAGGCCGCUCUUCUCCUCCUCUCAUGGAUCUGCAGGCUAUCUGCUGCACUUUGGUGAACUGUAACUGUGACAGCUUCAAGCCGGGGAAGCUGAAGAGGAGGCAGUGUGAAAACUGCAAGCAUGGCUGGGUGGCUCACGCCCUGAGCAAGCUGAAGGUGCACCACAUGUACCAGAGCAGCCAGGUGGAGAUCGUCCACUCCAACGUGGUGUUCGACAUCUGCAGCCUGAUGCUGUACGGCACGCAGGCCAUCCCCAUCCGCCUCAAGAUCCUCCUGGACCGCCUGUUCUCCGUCCUGAAGCAGGAGGAGGUGAUCCAAAUCCUGAACGCGCUUGACUGGACGCUGCAGGACUACAUACGAGGAUACGUGCUGCAGGAUGUCGCGGGGAAGGUGUUGGACCGUUGGGCGAUCAUGACGUUUGAGGAGGAGAUCGCCACGCUGCAGCAGUUCCUGCGUUUCGGGGAGACCAAAUCCAUCGUGGAGCUGAUGGCUCUGCAGGACAAAGAGGGCCAGGCAGUGCUGGUUCCCAGCACCCGCACCAACUCCGACAUCCGCACGUUCAUCGAGCGAAACACCCCCCGCACGGCUGCCAACCUCUCCGCGUCCAAGACCGAUAAGCUGAGCGGCAACAGCAUGCACCACUUCGAGAACUUCAUCAACAGCAUGGCCUUCAUGCUGCCGUUCCAGCUGCUCAGCUCUGUCCCGGCGCCGUUCCUGGGCUCGCAGACAGGGGCGAUGCAACAGCAGCACCAGCAACAUCAGCAGCACCAGCCGCUGUGCCGCGGGCCGAUGGAACAGCAGGGCCAGCGGCAGGACGUUCAGGGGCGGGAUGGUCUGCUCAGGGACAAUCACCCCUCUCUGUCGCACCCGUCAGAGAGCACGCUGCUCAGCUCCGGUGCCAUCUCGUUCACGGCUGACCUCGACCGAAGUGGAGACAAGCCGGUGGACGGCCUCUCCGCCGGCACGAAGAUCGAGGCCGAGGACUUCUCCACCAGUGACAAUUACUCGGACGGGCCCUCCACACCGUGCACGCCGUCCAUCAGCUCCGACGUGACCCAGAUGUCACCGGAGAGCAAACUGCGCUCGCUGGACAGAAACGGGAGCGGUGGCGGCGUCUCGGGAGGUGUCGCCGGAGGAGGCUCUCUGAAAAAGGGUCGUGUGUUUUGCAACGCCUGCGAGAAGACGUUCUAUGACAAAGGCACGCUGAAAAUCCACUACAACGCAGUGCACCUCAAGAUCAAGCACAAGUGCACCAUCGAGGGCUGCAAUAUGGUGUUCAGCUCGCUGCGCAGCCGCAAUCGCCACAGUGCCAACCCAAACCCGCGCCUCCAUAUGCCCAUGAACCGCAACAACCGCGAUAAAGACCUGCGGAGCAACUUGUCCGCUGAUGAGAGCUCUCAAGGAGAGAAGAGGCCUGAAUACGGCACCCCCAUCUCCAUCUGCUCUGCAGAGAGCCAAAAAUCGGUGUCCAGCUAUAUGGUGAGCCACAUGGACUCUGGCUCCAAGCUCCACAGCAGCUCGUUCCCCAGCAUGGGCCAGAGCGGCAUCCUCUUCCCAAACUUAAAAACAGUCCAGCCAGUCCUGCCUUUCUACAGAAGCCUGGUAACCCCGGCUGAGCUCGCCAACACCCCGGGAACGCUACCCUCGCUUCCUCUGCUGUCCUCCUCUGUGCCCGUCAAACCCAUCACAGCCCCCGAGCCCUGCACGACUGACCCGAUACCAAAGAAAAAGUCUCGCAAGUCCAGCAUGCCAAUAAAGAUAGAAAAGGAGAUGGUGGAGCGAGACGAGCAGGAUAAGGAGAGCAGCUCCGAGGAUGAGGCUCCCUUACACGGCAGAGACAAGGACGAGUGCGACGGUAACAAAGAGGAAGGACGUCUGUGCACAAGACAAGCUGGGGAGGAGAAGGAAGCCAGAGAAGCGUACCAGGGCAAAGACAUGGAGAGAGAGCAAAGUUUGGAGAGAGAACUGACAGAGAGGGCAGACAAAGACGACGGCUCGAGGCUAGCCGAGACUGGCGUCAUCACCUGCGCGUCCUCCCCCUUCGAAAACAGGCUGAUGGACAAUCACUGUGACGACAGCUCGCUCUGCCAGGACCCCGACAGCAACACAGAGAGGGAGGACCGCGAGCACGCCCUCAACAAGAUGUCAGAACUCAAGUGGGACGACGGCGAGCACAGGCUGACGAAUGGUGGCGGCCUCCAGCUCAUAGAGAGGGAGGCGUCCGAUGGCUGCGGAGAUGACUACGGAGACUCGGGGUUAUCUCACCUCGAUCCCGAAGCCGUCCUGCCGCACCACUGUGAGAUCUGCAGCAAGAACUUCAAAAACCCCUACAGCGUCAAGAUGCACUACCAAAACGUCCACCUGAAGGAGAUGCACAUGUGCACGGUGGACGGCUGCAACGCCGCCUUCCCCUCCCGCAGGAGCAGAGACAGACACAGCGCCAAUCUGAACCUGCACCACAAGCUGCUGACCAAAGACUCCUUCAGCCCAGCCAACGCCCUCUACUCUCACUCCUCCCUUUGUCGAGACAGAGACUCUGCCGGGCUGGAGUACUUCCAAGAGCAGCGGGACCGAGACCCACCCCACCGGGACCCGAGCGGCCAGACCUCCGUCAUCUUCCGAGGGCACAACCGCAUGGGUCUGGUCUUCCCGAUGAGCAAAAUGUCCACGGCUCUGGACAGCACUGAGGCGUCUCCGGUGGGAGAGACUCAGGGAUUGGGAGGUGGGGAAGGCGGUGUAAGUGGGGAGGAUGGGGCAGUCCUGGACCUGAGCACCUCCUCCUCUGCCCCGCCUCGCGGCAGCGCUCAGUCUUCCUGGGACUCAGACGGAGCUGGGAGCGAGGAAGGGGAGGGGGCCGAGGAAGACGAGGAGGAGGCGCUCCCCGUGGAAGACAGCGAUGAAAGCUGCGAUGGGAUCGGCGUGGGUAGGCCCGGGGGCGACGAGCUUCCGCUCGAGGGGGGAAGGACCCUGGGCUGUGGUGAGGGAGGACAAGGAGGGCUUCAGGGAGGUGGGGGUGGAUCUCCAAUAACGUGCCACGUCUGCCAAAAGGUCUACAGCAACAAGGGCACAUUCAGAGCCCAUUAUAAGACUGUCCAUCUGAGACUUCUUCACAAGUGUAAAGUCCCCGGCUGCGACACGUCGUUCUCCUCCGUACGGAGCAGGAACAGGCACAGCCAGAACCCGAACCUCCACAGGAACCUGGCUGUUAGCUCGGGUUCCCCCAUGGAACAGGAGUAGGGCUCUGACCUCAAAGGCCAACAUUUACUUUGUCCAAGUUGUCCUUUUGUUGUUUUUCCUGGGCGCGUAAUAAAGAAGGCUCACCCGUUAGCACUUUUGAAACAUCACGCCAUCAUUCAUCCGUUACUUUAGGCGAGAAAGGGACGAGCAGAGAGGAAACCAAAUUCAUUUAAAACAACCAAAACCUGCACAGGUCAGCCAGUUGGUUUCAGUGUCGUGUCGUGCUGAUUUAUUUUAAAUUGGUUUGCCUUUGAGCCCUUUAAAAAAAAAAUCAUCCGUGUGGACUAAAGUUUUCCUUGUGUUGUCGAAUCACGGAGCCGUGUCCUGCAAGUGUUUUUUUCUCUUCCAGUGUUUCUGUCGUCGGACGUCCACGUCUGCCCCGUGAAGCCGUAGUGAAGUAACUCCUACACUCGUCAUUUCACUCGUUCCAGCAAAACAGUCUCUGUUGAAAAGCUAUUGUGUUGUGAGGUAGAACAAUAAGUUAUUGUACGGUGUUUCUAUGAUCUGUCUUUACUGUUCUCUUUGUUGCAAACUGCUAAUGUUGACCAAAGAUUUUUCUCAGUUCACAGUUGUGUGUGUGUGUGUGUGUGUGUGUGUGUAUGGACCCUUCGUGUUGUGGGAGGGGUUAUGCAGUAUUAAGAGGUCCGCCCGGUCUUCGCUCACCUUCAUCGUUUUUAACAGCAGUAUUCAGGCGUGGGCGUGGCCUAAAACAGUAAAAUAUAUAGAAAAUGUUGACUGAAAAGGUGAAAUCCUGUUUUUUGUUGGUGUUUUUGUAAAGAAAUGUUCUCACGCAGCCAGACUUGAUGUUGUUCGCGUGGUUUCUUGCAGUAACCUCACCGACUGGACAAACGGCAGAAAGAUGCCACCUCUGGAGGCAGGAAGGAUGUACUGUGAAAGAGUCAAACACUGAGAAAUAAUCAUGAAAAAAUGCAGUUUCUGAAUCUGGCCCCUUCCCCUGAGCACACCUUACACAAAGAGCCGGAAACAAAAUGUUUGAGCUGUAGAUUCUGUGAAUAAUUUGUUCUGAAAGACACCAAAAGAAAAGAAGCUGUGUAAAAUGGAAGAAUUUCGCCACUAACAUUACGUUUCUUUACGUGAACAUAAACACUGUGUUGUACAUUCCUGAUUUCACCAUGGUUUACUGUUCUGGUUUUGCUCGGUAUUCUGCAUAUUUCCUUUCAGUCUGUAUUUAAACGCGUGACUCAGAUUUAAGGUCGCACUCGUUUGUUGUUUGGAUUCGUUCAUAUUAAAAAAAGAGCAAAAACCGAGACAUGUGGAUAGAUGUUCAUGUUUCUUUUGAAUUAAUGUUACAAUAUUCAUUCAGUUUAAUAAAAAGCCAUAUGUUUGCAAGA